AUGGCGAUGACAGUCUUGACGAGUGUAGCGGUGGUGGCUCGCCACUUCGACGCGCUUGGGGCACUGGAACACGUAGAGCGGAGCAUCAGCGAGCUCAUCGACUAUUCCAAGUGCUGGACCAUGGCGAGAGCGGCAGCCGCAGGAAACAUUGUGCUGCUGCGACGACUGCACGCUGCUGGAGGCAAAACAAAAGACGGCUUCUCCAUUCGUGACGUCGAGCGAGCGAUGGAGCUGGCGGCGACGCGUGGACAUCUUGAAGUGUUGCAGUUCUUGCACGUCAACUAUCCGCAACGUGGCAAGACGUGGUGUCUUGAGCUCGCGGCCUCGAACGGCCAGCUGGACGUGCUUAAAUGGCUCCACAAACAUGAUAAUGGUAAAGAUUGCCUUACGAUGUCUGCCUUCGACGAUGCUGCUGAUAAUGGACAUCUGGAGGUGAUCCAGUGGAUGCACGAGUAUCGGUCUGAGGGCUGCACGACUCGCGCAAUGGACUGUGCAGCGCGAAACGGGAGACUGGACAUCGUGAAAUGGCUACACGAGCAUCGUCAAGAAGGAUGCACGACGCAAGCGAUGGAUUGGGCGGCGCGGGCGGGCCAUUUGGAGGUCGUACAGUGGCUGCACUUGAAUCGUCGGGAAGGCUGCUCCACCAUGGCGAUCGAUGCAGCAGCGUCCAAUGGCCACUUGGAGCUGGUGCGGUGGCUCCACGAACACUGCAACAUGAACUGUUCCUGCUUCGCACACACGGUGGCUGAAGAACGAGGUCACCGCGACGUGCUGGAAUGGAUCGGGCAGACCGAGCACAACUAG